CGCGAGGGGUGCGGUUCCGCGGGCUGGCAAGCGCGACGCCAGCAUGAAGCAGCUGCCUGUGCUCUGUUGAAACUUCAUGGCCACAGCCCCAGACCCUGCUGACAUUGCCAUGGGCAGCGUGGGCAGCCUGUUGGAACGUCAGGAAUUUUCCCCUGAAGAGCUACGUGCAGCACUUGCUGGGUCCCGGGGCACCCGCCAGCCUGAUGGGCUCCUCCGGAAGGGCUUGGGCCAGCGUGAACUCCUCAGCUACCUGCACCUCCCCAAGAAGGAUGGCAAGACCACCAAGCGGGCCCCUCGGAACGAGCCUGCUGACUAUGCCACCCUCUACUACCGGGAACAUCCUCGGGCUGGUGACUUCAGCAAGACUUCUCUGCCUGAGCGAGGUCGCUUUGACAAGUGCCGCAUUCGCCCAUCAGUGUUCAAGUCUGCAACAGGCAAUGGGAAAGGUGUCCUGUCCAUGCAGAGCCUGGCAGCCCAUAAGGGCCAGAAGCUGUGGCGCAGCAAUGGCAGCCUGCACACACUGGCCUGCCACCCACCCCUGAGCCCAGGGCCCUGGGCCAGCCAGGCCCGGGCACAACUGCUGCAUGCCCUCAGCCUAGACGAGGGUGGCCCGGAGCCUGAGCCCAGCCUGUCUGACUCCUCUAGUGGCGGUAGUUUUGGCCGUAGCCCCGGCAUUGGCCCUAGCCCCUUCAGCUCCUCUCUGGGCCAUAUUAACCACCUUGGUGGCUCCCUGGACCGGGCCUCAAGAAGCCCCAAGGAGGCUGGGCCAUUGGCUAUGCUGAGCUGCCUGCCAGAGCCACCACCCCCCUACGAGUUCUCCUGCCCCACCACUGAAGAAGUGGUGGCCAUUCCGCCUGACACCUGUGAGGACCUGAAGCAAAUCCUUAGCGAUGAGAAUGGCUCCAACCCCUUCACACAGGUGCUGGAGGAGCGCCAGCGCCUGUGGCUGUCUGAGCUGAAGCGCCUGUAUGUGGAGCGGCUGCAUGAGGUGGCCCAGAAGGCUGAGCGUAGGGAGCGUAACCUCCAGCUGCAGCUGUUCAUGGCCCAGCAGGAGCAGCGGCGCCUACGCAAGGAGCUGCAGGCUCAGCAGGGCCUGGCCCCUGAGCCUCGGCCCCCUGGCAGUUUCCCAGAGGCUGACCCCAGUGCACGACCAGAGGAGGAAGCCCAAUGGGAGGUGUGCCAGAAGACAGCGGAGAUUAGCCUCUUGAAGCAGCAGCUGCGGGAAGCCCAAGUGGAACUGACCCAGAAGCUGGCUGAGAUCUUUAGUCUGAAGACGCAACUUCGGGGCAGCCGGGCACAAGCCCAGGCUCAGGAUGCAGAACUGGCCCGGCUACGCCAGGCUGUGCGCAGCCUGCAAGAGCAGGCCCCUCGGGAGGAAGCCCCAGGCAGCUGUGAGACAGAUGACUGUAAGAGCAGGGAGCUGCUGGGGGAGGCAGGAGGCAGCGAGGCCAGAGAUAGUGCUGAGCAGCUGCGAGCUGAGCUGCUGCAAGAACGGCUCCGGGGCCAGGAGCAGGCUCUGCGCUUUGAGCAGGAACGGAGGACUUGGCAGGAGGAGAAGGAGCGUGUGCUGCGCUACCAGCGGGAGAUCCAGGGGGGCUACAUGGACAUGUACCGCCGCAACCAGGCACUGGAGCAGGAACUGCGGGCACUGAGGGAGCCCCCCACGCCCUGGAGUCCUCGGCUGGAGUCCUCUAAGAUCUGAGGCCAGCAGAGUGAGCUGACAGCAGACACACUGUCAGAGGGCACCCUGAGAGCUGGCUCAGCCCUCCCUGACACUGGUCUGGGGCGGAAUCUGCAGAGGCCAGCCCAGGGCCAGGCAGGCCCAUAGAGAGGAGGGAUCUAGGGGGGCUGUGGGCUGGGCAGGGUGCCUGCAGCAUGAGCCAGGGCAAGUCUCUCCUGGUAGAAGAGCACCCGGGUAGGGCCCAGUCCUGCUCCCUGGUAUAGUUGUGGCCCAGGGCAGGAGGCUGGGGAAUUGAGCCUAGUGAUGCAGAAGAGCAGGCAUGAAGGUAUGAGGGAGGGAGGCUACAGGUCCAGGCUGAGGCUAUCUCCACAGAAGGAGGCUAGGAUGGGAACAUUGGCCUCCCUCAGAAUAAAACCGUAAUUU